AUGGCCUGGAAAUGCCGUGCCGCCCAUCCUGAUCAUCCCAGCGACUGGCUCUGUGCAACCCGCCGUCUCGAUACCAACACCUCUCCCCCCGAGAAAAAGAAGCGCGCGCGAAAAGUUCGCAAGCCCAAGGUCGUCGAUGCCAGCUCAAAACCCAAGAAGACCCUCCUUCUCGAUGAGUUGGAUGACGCGCUGAUUGAUCCGUUUUACAUUUCCAAACUGGGCAUUCCGUUAAACUCAUCCAGUCCAUCCGUUGUUGAUCAUCUACGCACCACCCUCAAGACACCUCUCAUUUCAUCAAAUGCCAGCUCUAUAAGUGGUAGCAGCCGCACAUUGACCACAACUGAAAGCUAUCACUAUCAUGACUAUACACCGGCUACCAGCGUCGAUGGCCACAACGACCUCGAUUUCCCCCGCGACCUUCAUUCCUCCAAGUCAUUAUCCGUACUAAAUCAAUCCGAUCCAGGCACCGACUCUCAUCAUACAAAAGGCAACCAUCAAGGGGAGGUCUUUUCACUAAAUGACUUCUCUACCAUGACUGCCAUCCAGCGUCUCACGGCUGAAUAUGGUCGCGUGGCACACAUGGGUAUUCUCGAUCACAGCUACCGAUUCUUCGUGAAUAAGGCUCGAACAGGUGCCUUGUCGUUCAAGGUUCAAAAUAAAGUGGCAAUCGUGGGAGGUGAUCCGCUCUGUGAACCAGACCCAGCCACCAUCACAGCAUUAUUAGACGAAUUCGCAAGAUACCGACGCCGACAUCGCUGGGGAAUCGCCUUUAUGGGUGCAAGUGAAACAUUUGUGCAGGAUUAUGCCCAAUCUCAACCAUCUGGGUGGACCGUCAUUCGUUUUGGCACUGAAAGAGUCCUGAACCCUCGGACAAAUGAUGUUUUGCUUGAAAAAAGUGGAAAGCGCAUCGCUGUCCAGAGCAGACAAUUGUUGAAUCCCAGCAAAGGCGGCAUUACCCUUGGUCUGUACGUGCCAGCCAUGCAUGGGGCUGACACUGCGCUCGAAGCAGAUCUGGUUGCGAUCUAUGACGCUUGGCGUGCAGAGCGUAACAAUGCCACAGGGCCACAAGCUUUCAUCACUGUGUACGAUCCUUUUGCUCUUCCAGCACUCAUGACUUUUGUAUACAGUCGCGGUCCCGAUGGCCAAAUUAAUGGAUUUGCUGCUCUACGUCGCCUUGGUUGUGGUGGUUAUCAUAUCGAUCCUUGUAUUGCCGCUCCAAAUAGCCCCAAAGGAAUCAGUGACUUGCUCAUCGUUGCAGCGAUGGCUUUAUUAAACCGUGCUGAAGUGUCAUAUCUUGGUUUUGGUUUCGAGCCGACCCAUACUCUUUUGCCUGAAGAUAUCAGUGGCAUGUCUACUCCAUUGGCUAGCCUCACGCGUGAUUUAUACAGUCAUACAUUUCUCCGUCUUCCAAUCCAUGGCAAAAAAGCCUAUUAUGACAAGUUUCGGCCCGAUGCACCCCAGGAAUCAGGGCUGUAUCUUGUAUUCCCGAGUGGCGUUCCAGGACCUCGGCAUUUGAUGGCCAUGAUGCACAUGGCUAAUAUUAGUCUUCGAAAGAUGCUUUGGGCCGAUCUGCGAACCUGUCUACCCUCUCGAAAGUCCAACUCCAAUUCUUCACCCAAGGACGCGGCUUCUGAUCCGUCUGAACAAACGAUUCCCUCCCCUGUGCUUGCAAACGGGUAG